AUGGGUAAAUGGUUGGAUGUCGUUCAAGGCUGUGACAAUUUUCCCUACGCCGAAGAUCAGGACUCAGAACUUAAACAACAGUACAGCUAUGACUCCUUAUGGAAGUUCUACCUUCCAGAAGACCCCAGGCCACAUGGUCUGAUGGUCGAGUCAGUUGUUUCAAAGAUGCCUUGGACAUCCGAUUUCCGAGUGAUCUCAACAGCCGACAAAAAAGAAGUUCAUCUUUUGCGGCCACAGGGCGAACAGAACUGGCAAGAUCAAUGCUCUAAAAUCAUUGAGAGACAGAUAGCCGUCGCGCGAGAAUCAGGGGCUUUGCCAGGCCUAGGGAGGCCACGGCACGAGGAAUUCCCUAUCGUUGGGGCUCAGUUCUCCGUGGGCAUAGAUCGGUCUGCCUUUUCGAUGUUCGGGAUCAUUGGCCGCGGGGUACACAUGACGGUGUACACUCAAACUGACUCAGGAAUCAAAUUCUGGGUGCCCCAGCGAAAUGCGAGCAAGUCGACGUACCCUGGCUGCCUGGAUAAUACCGUCGCCGGUGGAAUGGCUACGGGCGAGGAACCGUUAGAAUGUCUGCUUCGUGAAGCGACAGAGGAGGCUGGAAUGUCGGAAGACAGCCUGCGGAGAGAUGUACGGGCCGCAGGUACGGUGACAUGGAUCAACAUCAGUGACGAAAGAUCGGGAGGUCAACCAGGCCUGAUUAAUCCCGGUGUGUUAUACGUCUACGACCUGGAAGUGAAGCCCGACGUCGUGUUCCAACCAGUGGACAACGAUAUCGAAGCCUUCCACUUGAUGGAUGCGGAAAAGGUAAAGCAAGCAUUGCUGGGCGGCAGAUUCAAACCCGCAAGUGGAUGUGUCAUCCUGGAUUUCUUGAUCCGCCACGGUGUCAUCACGCCCGAGGAGGAGGAGGACUAUGCCGAGAUUGUAUCGCGGCUGCACCGAAAGCUGCCCCUGCCGUCGCGGUCGUACUCGUAA